AUGCUACCCGCUCAUCGUUUUCUUCCAUCUUAUAAUACGGAUGACCGAUUAAUAGUUGCUAUAAUACAACAGGAUCUUACUAAAGUUCGAUAUAUUCUGGAAUCGAAUCGAGCUCGUUCAACAAUAAAUCAAAGUCUUUAUUUUGUUUCAUAUAGAGAUGAUUUUAAUCAUCCUAUUACACCAUUAGCUGCUGCGUGUCAUUUUGGUUCGUAUGAAAUAGUUGAUAUAUUAAUUAAUUAUUUUCAUGCUAAUAUCAAUACACAACAUUUACCUGGUUGGAAAACAGCACUUCAUUAUGCUGUAUUAGCAAAAUCAAAUCGCUAUGAUAUCGUUCAAAUUCUUCUUCAACAUGGCGCUGAUGUUAAUGCACAAGAUCGUUAUGGUACAACACCAUUAAUGUUAGCUGUACUUCAUUCUGAUUGUGAUAUUGUACAUUUAUUACUUGAACAAGCCGGUGCAAAUGUACGUAUUCAUAAUCAAUAUCAUUUAACAGCGUUUGAUUUUGUUAAAUAUAAUCUAACAAUUAUUAAUGAUCUUAUUCGUAAUGGUGCUAUAUCAUUUAAUAUAAAUGACAAAGACCUUUUUCAAUGGUUAAUUAUUAAUAAACAUAUGCGUUUAGCACGUUUAUUAAUUGAAGCUGGUUAUAUUCCACCUAUAUCAUUAUUUCAACAACGAAUACGUCCAUUAAAAAGCUUAUGUCGUUUAAAAAUACGCUUACAAGUUGCGGGUACCCAUUUUCGAGAACGUAUUCAAACACUUCCGGUGAAGUAUAAUCAAUUAAUGAAAUAUAUCUUACUUGAUGAUAUAUAA